GGCGCAUGCAUGGGUCUGAUGCGUAACUAGUGGUGUUGAUAUAUCGAUAUCUUAAACGAUAUAUCGAUAUGAGAUCCAAUAUCGACAUAUCGAUAUGAAAAAUCAAUAUCGACGAUAUAUCGUAUCGUCAAAAAUUGAGGAAAAAAUGCACGAAAACAGCCAAAAAUAUGAGUAAAAAUUGAAAUUAGAAAGAAAUUUUUAAAAUUUUUUCAAAAAAAAAUUUUCUCACUUUUUUAAAAAUCUAUAAAAAAACUUUUUGUCGUACCAAAUUUUUUGCAGUUGUUGUUAAUUCGCAAUUAAACUUAAAUGACUGAGUAUACAAAUGGGAAAAAUAGGUACUUUCAAGGCAAUAUUGAAGAUAUCGAUAUAUCGUCGAUAUAUCGUCGAUAUACCGAUAUCUGUUGGAAAAAUAUCGUGAUAUAUCGAUAUAAAAUUUUUCUAAAUAUCAACAUCACUAUGCGUAACGGAGAUGGUAGGGUGUUCACGUUUGUGUGUGUAUUGUACGUGUCUGUGUCGUUACUCGUACUGUAUAUGUGUUUGAUGAUGAAAAUGAAACUUUACAAAUUGAACCAAAAGACCUUCCUUCCUGCUGUGGCUGCUGUGAAAAAUUCAAGACGAUGAACGUUUCAGUAAUGUGUGUGUGUUUUUUUUACAAUGUACCAUAAGAAGAAUGUUGAAUUGAUAAUUUAAAUUUAUUCAUCAUGGAUAAGGAUAAGAUAGAUGUACGAUCAAUCCUAGCCAAGGCAGAAGAAUUUAGAUCGAUAUGCCUUUCAAAUGACCGAGAGCGUUGCGCGUUGAAAGAAGCUCUAAACACUGCCCAUUCCCGAAUUGCGGAAUUAGAACGUGACCUCGCUAAGUCUCGACAAGAGACUCGAAAAGCCGAAGCAGACAGAGACGAUCUACGUAUAGCCCUCGAGAAACUACAGAGCGUUUUUACCGGUGAUCCAAAUUCGCCUCAAGAUAAAAACACCGGCGAUGUACCGUCCUCGUUCAACCCAUUUCAAUCGAGAUCGACUGCUGAUGAAGUGCAUAGCAUAUUGGCAACGCCAACGUCUAAAAGAGAAAUUGAAAACCAAAUACCCUCGCCAUUAUCUAAAAGCAACGAUGGUGAUGCUGCAGUCGUCCAUCACGAAGAUGUUAUACCAGAAGAAAAAGAACCACGGAUCGAAUCAAAUUCCGAAUUUAUCUGCAACAACGAGAUCGCCAACGACAUCUCUAAUUAUUUUUCUUCGUUCGUUGUAGAUCCUCAGACCUCAAGCGAGGAAAAUCUGCUAAUGUCGGCGAUACCGUCAUCAAUAAAAAUGGUCCUAAAUUCGUACCAAAGUUUUGAUAGGAAAUACCUAGUAUUUGUUAUCAUUGAAACCGCAACGGACUCAAAGUCGUGUCAUUUCUUAUCGAUCGAUGAUCUACUGGCAUUACCUGAAAAUGAAGAUUUACUCGCUCAAUUGCAAGCCAGUCAGUUGAUGUCGAGCAUGCCGGAUGUCGGUAAAAAUUACGUGUUUUUUACGGUAGUUAGUCACCUCAUUACACGAUCGAUGACAUCGUUAUCAAAAACGAAUCCUGCCCAUGAUGCUGAUGCGAGUACCAGCGAUAUAACUAAUGAUCAUACCGAGCCUGCCGAUGGAGAUACGAUCACUGUGAAGGAAAAAGUUGCGGUCAAGAGACGUGGAGCUCCUCGAGGUCCUCGAAAAAAACUGCCAGCCAAAAAAAUAAAACCAUCUUGUGUUUCAGAAGUAGAUACCGAUAUUGAUUAUGUUGCAAGUGUUGCAUCUUCCACUGACUAUGAAUCAGAGGAAUUCAAAUCAGAUUUCGAAAUAAAAUCGUCUACAGCUGAUAAAAAGAGUAAAACAAGAUGUAGAGUGUGCGAUAUCGUGGAUCAUGAAGUCAAUUAUUUUCAUUCGUAUCAAGCUCUGAAUUGUCAUAUUAUAGAAGCGCAUCCAUUCAACGCAUACCCUUAUUACUAUCGAUGCCCAUACGGAGAUAAUGGAAAUGAAUGUAUUAGGCAUUAUACGAAAAAAAUAUCUUUACGUAAACACAUCGAAGCUUGUCAUCCAGACGUACUAAUAUCUACGAACAUUUUGUUGAAUACUACUAAUCCGAAACCCAAGUCAUGGCAGUGCGCCUAUUGCGGUUGCACGUUCGCGAGUCAUCGUAUCUACCUGAAACAUAUGACCGAUACGCAUCCAGGUUUCGCAGAAACCGUGAAAGUGUCUGCGUCUGCGAAAACACUCGAGUCAGAACCACAAGUCAAAUCAAAAAAGGUACCGUCUAGUCCCAAGUUGAUUAUUAAACGGAAACAAGGAAAAUUCAGCGUGUCGAGAAAGUCAUCGUUGUCGAGUAUUGAUGAGGAUUACGUACCGGAAGAAGUUGGUUCUCCACCAACUCGUCGUCGGAAACUUUUCCUCGAGGAAGAUAGUCUCGAAGAAGACAGUAGUCCUAACACCGUCGUCGUUAGUGCUGAAAUCCAUUCUGUGUCAAACGUAGAAUCAUUCACCAGCGAAAUCGAGAAAUCUUCCGUACAAAAUAACGAUUUAGUUGACGUUGAAGAUAAAAGUAAUCAAGCUUUCGCUGCUUCAUCAGAUCCGGCAGAUUUGAACGAAUUCGUGUUAAAUUCUGUUUAUGAAAUUUCUUCUCUUAUUAAUCAAAAUGUCGCUGACGAUCGUCAUCCUGCAACCAGUUCGAUACUGCCCGAACCGUGUUAUGAAAAACCACAGUCUUCAGUACUUCCAUCGUUACCUUGUCUUUUGGACGAUUGUUCUGGGUGUGAAUUUCAUCCAAAAACGUUGACUUUGGACGACGAAUAUGUGUCAUCGUGCAGGGAGGAGAUUCUAAAAGACUUAUAUUCAAUACCUGAAAAUCCACCUGCAGUGUCGAGUUCGUUUACUGCGCCAUUAUCGAAGUCGGAAUAUGAUUCUGAGGAAACCGACAAAUCGAAACGAGAUGGAAGCUUAAUAAAUUCGCAGUCAUCAAAUCUUGUGGACGGUUUCGAUAUUGUUAAUAUCAUCAUCACCGACGAUCGUGUUGACAGCGAUGUUCCUUCUGCGAGUUCAGAGAUUGAUCCACAGAGUGACGAAAAUGAUUCUGAUCAGCCACCGUUGCCGAAAGAUUCCAGUCAGCUACUCAACCCUGUGAUAGAUGAUGGCGUUAUUCAGUCAGCGGCUGUAAUUGAAGCAGAGAAUGAAGAAAGUCGAUCAGAUAUCCUUAGUAAUACGUCUCAUGCACCGGGAGACGAUGGUGAAAAAAAUGUAUCUCCAAGCGAAAAUGAAAAUUGUACAAUUGUCGAAGAAAUUGAAUGUACUGAAGAUAACAAUCAUGAAAAACUUGUGCCAAAUGAGGAGCAAUCAAUUCUCAGAGAUGAUCGAAUUAGCAGUGAUAUUCAAGUGACCUCUUCUGACGAUGAAAUUAUUCCAGCGAAUGAAAAACCUCUUCUCGAUAACGAUGAAACAAUUCUAGCCGAAUCCGUCACUGGUAAUAGUAUUCCUGCUGUACCGUCCACUGAUCCAAGUCCGACUCCGAACCAUGAAAACAUUGACGAAACCGCUCGAGAAGAUACGAAUGCCACCGCUAUGAUCUCUUCUGAUACAGAAAACUUAAUUACGACUCCGAUUUUGUCCGUAAAUGAAACUUUGCUCCAGAUUCCGGAAAAAUGUCAACAUUCUAACUUGAAUGAAAAUCCCGAACCUUGUAUACGCCCAAGGACACCAACGAUAUCUGAAAAUCAUGAUCGUACAGCCAUUCCAGAAAUUUCUGCUUCGGAAGAUGCUGUUGAUAGUGAAGAUGUUCCGCCCACUGAUCCAAUUUUGUGUCCGAUGAACCCUGAAAACAUUUCGGCACCAGCCAAUUUGGUUUCAAUUACAACUGACGAAACCUUUCGGGAAAAUACUGUGGUUGCUUCGGACACAGAAAACCCAAUGCUUCCGAUUUCGUCUGAAAAUGAAACCUCGCUCGAGAUUCCGGAAAAACGUCAACAUUCGAGCUUUGAUGAAAUGCCCGAACUGUGUGUAUCCCCCGAAGCUAUCUCACCUUAUCCGGAUGGCAGUCCUGCCGAUGAUACGUCGACGUCUAAUCUUAACUCGACUUUUUACGACGAAUUUGGCGUUAGUGAAAUCCAAACGAUCAACGAAAAGGAACCUUCACAGGAAAUUACCCCUUCUUCGGUGUUGACUGAACUCGAUCUUUCAUCUCAAAAAUCGAAUCAUGGAACUGAAAAGUAUCCAUUAUUGAGAAAUAUGUUAACGCCACGCAGUUCAACUAUCAGGUGUACGAACCAGAUCAUCGACGGUGUUGGAAUCGAAAUUGAAAUUGGGCCGCAUUCUUCGUCGCCAUCCUCAUCACAAACUUCAGAUCUUGUGAAUAUCCAAUCGCCAUAUCAAAAAGAACCUCCUUCCAGUGUAGAAAUCGGUGUGGAUGCUACGAGUAAAUUAGCGUCAUAUCCAGUGUUAAACCUGAAUACCGACUUUUCAUCGAUGUUGAAUCGAAUGUUGACAGACCAGAGUUUGGGCAAACUUUCGAAUGAGAUUGUCGAAAAAACACGAGUGGAAAUCGAUGCGUCUCGUUCAUCUUCGCCGACAUCAGAAUGUUCCAAAAGCUCAGAAAAUUUGGAACAAGUCCAAGAAAAAGAUAAUUUUGAGGAUGAUGAUGUUUCUGAAAUAGGAUCAGUGCCGGCUUCGUCGCCCUUGCCUUCGCCACCCGAUCAAAUGUCAUCCAAUGACACCAACGCCACAGAGCAUCAAAUCGCCGAAACUGCCGUUGAAAAUUCUCCGUUGACUAUGUCUUCAAACCAGUGCGGUCUCGACAAUGAAGAAGAUCCCGAUGCGAAGUAUUAUAGUGCGUUAACCUCGAGGGAUAGACUUAUUAAAGUCACGAUAUUGCUUCCUCGGUUAAGAAUCGAGAAGAACAGACCAAUUUCUUCUCGUUACCACUUGAGAGGACAAAAAUCUAUCGGACAAUUGAUUUCGAGUGCUAGAGGAAGAGGCGCUAAAUUAAGAAGUGCUUUUUAUUGCAAAAUCUGUGGCCAAAUUUGUUUUACGCGUCUAGUUUUGAGCCAUCACAUCAAUGGAAAACACCGAGGAGCCCCAGGUACCAUUAUGUGCUCAAUUUGCGGUUUUGUCUCUCAAAGUAAAUCUACAUUGGCGAGUCAUCGAGUCAGUCGCCACAGCCUUGUAUCGUCGGAUUUCACUGAAUGCUCAAUUUGCGAAUCAACUAACCAGCCAAAAGUGAUUUACGAUUGUCAAGAAGCUCUAAACAACCAUAUCAUCAGUACUCAUCCUAAUCCGUACCCAAAUUACAUCAGAUGUCCGUAUUACGAAGGCGAAUGUGAAUGGCAUUUAGCUACUUUUGACGAGUACCGUGAUCAUAUCGAGACUUAUCAUCACCGGGAAGAUAUGAGAAAUCCGCUAGUGAAUAUGAUUGCGGAAAUGCCUUGGCAAUGUGUAAUUUGUGGAAAAGUUUUCUCCUGCGAUGCGCAUUUGAGCCAUCAUAUAAGAAGAGAGCAUGGCAGUUUCAAGGAAACGGAAACCUGAGCGAAGAGAUGACUGCCAUAAUUAAGUACAACUAUGAACUAAUUAAUUUUCAAAAUAUGUUGCGUUUGUACAACUCGGCCGUGAGUAAUUAUAAGGUUUACUAUCGAAAGAAUCGAAAAUUAUCGAGUACCUAACGUUUAAAUAAUUAGAUAUUGCUCAUUAUCACUAGUCAUGCUCAGUUUCUAAAUGCACCAAGUUUUUUAAUUUGUUUUUAUUUUAAGACGAGUUGAAUGAUGAUAUUUUUGAAUUUUAUAUGUCUAAUUUUCUUGUUUUUAUUACCGCGUAUUAUUUCGUUUCGUUUUGUUUGUUUGGUAAAAUUUAGUUAUCAUUGUUUUCGUUAUUGUUUAUUUUUAUAAUGUUUUUAAAGAGGUUUUCGGUUUUUGAAAAUCAUUUUUUAAUUAUAUAAGAAUGAUAAAUUAUUUAAAAA